ACGUCACGAUGACGCCGCGUGACGUCGGGGCGGGGCCGGGCGGCGCUGACAGGAGGCUCUGAAAGGCGGCUCAGCAGCUGCCUAGCUCGCGACUCGUGGCUGGUCGGCCCCUGACUGCAAUCGGGACCCCUGCCGCGGGUCCCCGCGGGCGGCCAACGGAGCAGCGGAGGCAGAGGCGGAGGCGGAAGCGAAGCGAGCGGCAGCAGAUGGCCAAAAGCUUCAAGGCAGUCCCGGAACCAUGAUGGCUCAAUUUCCAGCUGUUAUGAAUGGUGGCCCUAACAUGUGGGCGAUCACCUCAGAAGAGCGAACCAAGCAUGAUAAGCAGUUUGACAGCCUCCGGCCAGCUGGAGGACACAUCACAGGAGAUCAAGCACGUGGUUUCUUCUUACAGUCUGGCCUCCCAGCUCCUGUUUUAGCUGAAAUAUGGGCGUUAUCGGACUUGAAUAAAGAUGGGAAGAUGGACCAGCAGGAGUUCUCCAUCGCCAUGAAGCUCAUUAAACUGACACUGCAAGGGCAGCGCCUGCCUCCGUCCUUGCCUUCUGUCAUGAAGCAGCCACCUGUGUUCUCCCCCUUGACGUCUGCGCGCUUUGGAAUGGGAAGCAUGCCCAACCUGUCCAUCCCUCAGUGUGUGCCCCCAGCCGCACCCGUGGCACCUGUGUCCUCGAGGCCUUCCGUUACUUCCCUUCCUCCCUUGGGGAUGCCCGCUCCCCUGGUGCCCUCCGUUAGUACAUCAUCAUUGCCCAAUGGAACUGCUGCUGUGCUCCAGCCCAUGGCUGUCCCCUUCUCCUCAGCCACCUUGCCCCACAUGUCGUCCUACGGUCUUUUGAUGGGCAGCUUUGGGGGUUCUUGUAUCCAGAAGGCCCAGUCCCUGAUCGACUUGGGAUCAAGCAGCUCCACGUCCUCCACGGCUUCCCUGACAGGGGGCUCACCCAAAGCUGGAACCUCUGACUGGGCCGUCCCGCAGCCCUCGAGACUGAAGUACCGCCAGAAGUUCAACAGCUUGGAUAAGGGCAUGACAGGCUACCUCUCAGGUCUCCAGGCUCGGAAUGCCCUUCUCCAGUCUAAUCUUUCUCAAACCCAGCUGGCUACGAUCUGGAACCUGGCCGAUGUGGACGGAGAUGGUCAGCUCAAAGCGGAAGAGUUUAUUCUGGCCAUGCACCUGACUGACAUGGCCAGAGCUGGGCAGCCAUUGCCUCUGACCUUGCCUCCAGAGCUGGUGCCACCUCCUUUCAGAGGAGGAAAACCUGUCGAUUCCCUUAAUGGAACUCAGCCUUGCCACGAGAGAACCCAGGAAGAGCCACCCCAGAAAACGUUACCAGUGACCUUUGAGGACAAGCGGAAGGCAAACUAUGAGCGAGGAAACCUGGAGCUGGAGAAGCGGCGGCAGGUGCUGCUAGAGCAGCAGCAGCGCGAGGCUGAGCGCAAGGCGCAGAAAGAGAAGGAGGAGCUCGAGCGCAAGCAGCGGCUGCUCCAGGAGCACGAAUGGAGGCGGCAACUCGAGCUGGAGAAGCAGAGGGAGCUGGAGAGGCAGAGGGAAGAGGAGAGGAGGAAAGACGCAGAGAGACGCGAGGCUGCGAAACAAGAGCUGGAGCGUCAGCGCCGAUUGGAAUGGGAGAGAAUUCGCAGACAGGAGCUUCUCAGUCAGCGGAAUAGGGAACAGGAAGAAAUUGUCCGGCUGCAAGCGAGGAAGAAGGGUCUGCACCUUGAGCUGGAAGCGCUGAAUGGCAAACAUCAGCAACUCUCAGGGAGGCUCGAGGACGUGCGGCAGAGAAAACAGAGUCGGAAGAGUGAGCUGGAAGUCCUGGACAAGCAGUGUGACCUGGGGGUCCUGGAGAUCACGCAGCUUCAGCAGCAGCUCCAGGAAUCUCAGAACCAGCUCGUCUGUUUGGUGCCAGAGAAGCAGCGGUUACAGGACAGGGUUCAGCAUCUGCAGCCGGACAGCUCAGCCCAUCUGGGAAUUGACGCUGUUCACAAGAAGUCCCUGGAGAAGGAGAGUCUCUGCCAAAGGCUGAAGGAGCAGCUGGACACUCUGGAGAGAGAGACGGCUGCCAAGCUGUCUGAGAUGGACACCUUCAACAAUGAGCUGAAGUGUGUGACUGUGGAUGACUCUAUGCUGCGGUGCCUUUUCUCCCUGCUCAGCUGUCUCCACCACCUCUUCCUCUUACUUAAGGAGCUGAGAGAAAACUACAACACGCAGCAGCUGGCCCUUGAGCAGCUCAAUCUGAUCAAACGGGAGAAGUUGAGAGAGAUCGAAAGGAAGAGGGCCGAGGCGGCCCAGAAGAAGAAACUGGAGGAGGAGGCGGCUACUAGGAAAGCAAAGCAAGGGAAAGAAAACCUCUGGCGGGAAAACCUGAAGAAGGAGGAGGAGGAGAAACAGAAGCGCCUCACAGAAGAGAAGAUGCGACAAGAAGUGCUGAGCGCUGAGAACAUGCCGCGUGAGGCGGAGGACGGGGGGGAAGCUCUUGCUGCCUCUGAGCCCAGGAGCCCGGCCAGCUGGGUGAACUACAAGGCCUUGUAUGCGUUUGAAGCCCGGAGUCAUGAUGAAAUGAGCUUCAGUGCCGGAGACAUGGUGCAGGUGGAUGAAAAAACCACAGGAGAACCUGGCUGGCUCUAUGGCCGUUUUCAAGGCCGCUGUGGCUGGUUCCCAGGAAACUAUGUUGAAAAGGCGUCAGCCAGCGAAAAGCUGGCAUCCCCCAAGAAGGCCUUGCUGCCGCCUGCGGCUUCUCUGUCGACUAUCUCCUGUAUGCCUGUGCCCCUCCCCCCGCAGAUCCCAUCCUUCAGGACAGCCCCAGCAGAGACCAGUUACCAGAACGUACCCUUCUCUGCCCUCACUGCUAAUGCCAGCUGGCAGAAGAAGUCCGCUUUCACUCGCACCGUGUCCCCCGGAUCUGCAUCUCCCAUUCACGGACAGGGACAGACGGUAGAGAACCUAAAGGCACAGGCACUCUGUUCUUGGACGGCCAAGAAGGAGAACCACCUGAAUUUCUCCAAGCAUGAUGUCAUCACGGUUCUGGAGCAGCAGGAGAACUGGUGGUUUGGGUCAGUGCAUGGAGGCAGGGGGUGGUUCCCCAAGUCCUAUGUCAAGAUCAUCGCGGGGCCAGAAACCAGGAAGGAAGAACCAGAAGCUAUCUAUGCCAGCAUCAACCGGAAGCCGAGCAGCACGGGCCCGGCACCAGGAGAAGAGUAUGUGGCCCUCUACUCUUAUUCGAGCUCAGAGCCUGGAGAUCUGACCUUCACCGAGGGGGAAGAGAUACUGGUCACCCAGAAGGAUGGGGAGUGGUGGACGGGGAGCAUCGGCCACCGAGCCGGCAUCUUCCCAUCCAAUUAUGUCCGAGCGAAGGAACCCGAGGCUCUGGGAAGCGCUGGCCGAGCUGGGGGCCUGAACAAAAAGCCAGAAAUCGCCCAGGUCACUUCCGCCUACAUGGCAUCGGGGGCGGAACAGCUCAGCCUCUCCCCCGGGCAGCUAAUCCUGAUUCUGAAGAAAAACGCCAGUGGCUGGUGGCAGGGGGAGCUGCAGGCCAGAGGGAAAAAACGCCAGAAGGGAUGGUUCCCGGCCAGUCACGUGAAGGUCCUGGGCCCGGGUAGUGAGAGAGGGACCCCCGCCUCUCAGCCAGCAUGCCAGGUCAUAGCAAUGUAUGACUAUGUCGCCAACAAUGAGGAUGAACUGAACUUCUCCAAGGGCCAGCUGAUCACUGUUUUGAACAAAGAUGAUGCCGCCUGGUGGCACGGAGAGAUCAGCGGGGUGACCGGCCUCUUCCCUGCCAACUAUGUGAAGAUGACCACAGACUCGGACCCAAGCACACAGUGGUGUGCUGAUCUCCAAAGCCUGGACACCAUGGCCCCGAUGGAGAGAAAGAGGCAGGGCUACAUUCACGAGCUGAUCCGGACAGAGGAGAGAUACAUGGGUGACCUGCAGCUGGUCACGGAGGUCUUCCAGAAGCGCAUGGCUGAGUCUGGUCGUCUGAGCGAAGGAGAAAUGGCCUUGAUCUUCGUGAAUUGGAAGGAGAUCAUUAUGUCCAACACGAAACUCCUCAAGGCUCUGCGCGUGCGGAAGAAGACAGGAGGCGAGAAGAUGCCGGUGCAGAUGGUUGGGGACAUCGUGGCGGCUGAGCUCUCCCACAUGCAGGCUUACAUCCGGUUCUGCAGCUGCCAGCUGAAUGGGGCAGCCCUGCUGCAGCAGAAGACUGAUGAGGAUGCGGAGUUCAAAGAGUUCCUGAAGAGACUGGCCCGAGACCCUCGGUGCCAGGGCAUGCCACUGUCCAGCUUCCUGCUGAAGCCCAUGCAGAGGAUCACACGUUACCCACUGCUCAUCAAGAAUAUCCUGGAGAAUACCCCAGAAAGCCACGUGGACCACUCUUCCCUGAAGCUCGCCCUGGAGAGGGCCGAAGAGCUUUGUUCGCAGGUCAACGAAGGGGUCCGCGAGAAAGAGAACUCGGACCGCCUGGAGUGGAUCCAGGCUCACGUCCAGUGCGACGGCCUUGCUGAGCAACUCAUCUUUAACUCGCUCACCAACUGCCUGGGCCCUCGCAAGCUGCUGCACAGCGGGAGGCUGUACAAGGCCAAGAGUAACAAGGAGCUCUUUGGCUUCCUCUUCACGGACUUCCUGCUGAUGACCCACGCUGCCAGGCCCUUCCCGGCUGCCUCGGGCCCCGAGAAGCUCUUCAGUGCCAAGUCCAGUGCCCAGUUCAAGAUGUACAAGACGCCUGUCUUCCUGAAUGAGGUCUUGGUGAAGCUGCCCACAGACCCUUCCAGCGACGAGCCCAUCUUCCACAUCUCCCACAUUGACCGUGUCUACACACUCCGAGUGGACAACAUCAACGAGAGGACAGCUUGGGUUCAGAAGAUCAAAGCGGCUUCGGAGCAGUACAUUGAGACAGAGAAGAAGAGGAGGGAGAAGGCCUAUCAAGCACGAUCACAGAAGUCCUCUGGCAUCGGGCGGCUCAUGGUCCAUGUCAUCGAGGCAUCGGAGCUCAAGGCCUGCAAGCCCAAUGGUAAAAGCAAUCCCUACUGCGAGGUCAGCCUGGGCUCUCAGAGCUUCACGACUCGGACGCUGCAGGACACCCUGAGCCCCAAGUGGAACUUCAACUGUCAGUUCUUCAUCAGAGACCUGUAUCAGGACGUGCUCUGCCUGACCCUGUUUGACCGGGACCAGUUCUCCCCAGAUGAUUUCCUGGGUCGAACCGAAAUCCCUGUGGCCAAGAUUCGGACCGAGCAGGAGAGCAAGGGACCCACCACCCGCCGCCUACUACUACACGAGGUCCCCACGGGUGAGGUGUGGGUCCGCCUGGACCUGCAGCUGUUUGAGCAGAAGACGCUGAUCUAGGGGCCUGGCUCCCCUGCCCGUGUGUGCCCCAGACCGGGGCGAGUCCCUCGGCGGGGAGACCCCAGGAGUGGAGUGGCCUCUGCUAGGACGCCCUACUGAGAUUAGGUGGUUUUAAAGAGGGCAGGGAAACUUGACUUACUUUAAAUACUGUGACCUCUAAUGAUGUGGAAACUAUUUUUGAUUUUGUUUUCUUAAGAAGUGUAAAUUAUUUAUGUAAAAUGCUUUGGAUUUGCACCUUUCCAUAGGAUGUGCAUCUUAAAGCUUUGUCAUUGCCAACAUGUACAGAAAGAGAAAAUAUAUGUUUGUGGACAGA